AUGUCCUUCUCCGUCCAAGGACGAUCUGCCAUCGUCACGGGAGCAGGUUCCGGCAUCAACCUGUCAUUCGCCAAGCUGCUACUCGAGAAUGGGUGCAGUGUUCUCAUCGCCGACCUGGGCUUACGUCCUGAAGCAAAGUCGCUCGUGGACCAGUACUCGACCUCUUCCAGUGGUCCCCGGGCUGUCUUUCAGCAGACUGACGUGACUGACUGGAAGCAGCUGGAGCAGAUGUUCGAAGUAGCGGAAAAGGAAUUUGGGGAAGUCGACAUUGUUUGUCCCGGCGCAGGGAUCUACGAGCCCCAUUGGACCAACUUCUGGCGGCCCCCUGAAACAUCGGAGAGCCAGGACCCACGAUAUGGUGGUCGGUAUGCCUUGCUAGAUAUCAACCUGACCCAUCCCAUCCGCACGACUCAACUGGCCAUCGCCCACUUCCUCCGCAAGGACACCAGCAGCCAGCGCGGCAAGCACAUUGUUCACAUUUCCAGCAUUGCAGGCCAAAAUCCCUCCUUUGCGACACCCAUCUACGUAGCCACCAAACAUGCGAUCAAUGGCCUGGUGCGGUCCUUAGCCCAGCUCGAUCAGAGGUGUGGGAUCCGCGUCACGGCGGUGGCUCCGGGGGUGAUCAAGACGCCGCUCUGGACAGACCACCCCGAGAAGAUCAAGAUAGUCGACGAGAACGCCGAUGAGUGGGUGACUCCGGAGGAAGUGGCUCAAGUCAUGCUGGCGUUGAUUCAGCAGGAUCAGGUUGGCGAGACCAUUGGGGAUCAGACAGGUCAGGGUCCUCAGUUUCUGGUUAGCGGGGGAACUAUUCUGGAGGUCUCCAAGACCGUGCGUUCGGUUAGUGCCUUUAAUGACCCGGGCCCCGGAAAACGGCCCGGAAAUACAGUGUCGGACUCGAAUAUGCUGGUGGAGGAGGUCUAUGAUUUGUUGUCCCAGCCGGGGUGGGGAGACCCGAAAUUCAUACACUUUUCCUAUUGCAACUUUACUCUCCUCCUUCUCCUCCUCCCUCCCUCCCUCUUCCUCUCUGCUGCCGGCGUCGCAAACUCGGGUGGCUUUUAUCUCAUAUCCCCAACUUGUGCCGGCAACAUGAUGGACGAUGAGGCUUCCAUCGGGGUGGCCUCGCCCAGAAAUGCCUCUCGAAGGCGUGGCGGGAGAGGGAAACGGAGCUCCGGACUCCAUGGCGAUGCCAGCUGGAUCAGUUGCGUGAUCAACUUGGUCAACACCAUUAUCGGCGCCGGUGUCCUAGCCAUGCCGCUGGCUAUCUCGCAUAUGGGCAUCGUCCUCGGUGUCUUCGUCAUUUUAUGGUCGGGAACGGCGGCGGGAUUCGGUCUAUACCUUCAGUCGCAAUGUGCACGAUACCUCGAACGUGGAACCGCUUCCUUCUUCGCCCUGUCGCAGCUCACUUACCCCAAUGCGGCCGUGGUCUUCGAUGCCGCAAUCGCGAUCAAAUGCUUCGGAGUCGGGGUCAGCUAUCUUAUCAUUAUCGGAGAUUUGAUGCCGGGGGUGGUUCAGGGUUUUGUGGGCGGUGCUCCGGAUUAUGACUUCUUGGUGGAUCGACACUUUUGGGUAACAGCCUUCAUGUUGAUCGUCAUCCCUCUCUCUUAUCUUCGGCGCUUGGACUCGCUCAAAUAUACGAGUAUUGCCGCCCUCGUCUCUAUGGCCUAUUUGGUGGUUUUGGUCGUCUACCACUUCGUGAUUGGAGACACGACCACUGAUCGGGGUCCUAUUCGCGUGAUUCACUGGGCAGGUCCUGUUCCCACGCUCAGCAGUCUCCCUGUCAUUGUCUUUGCAUUCACAUGCCACCAGAACAUGUUCUCGAUCUUGAACGAAAUCAGCAACAACAGUCACUUCCGGACCACCGGAGUUGUCUUCUCCAGCAUCGGUAGCGCCGCUGCAACAUACAUUCUCGUCGCCAUCACCGGUUACCUCUCCUUUGGGAACAGCGUCGGUGGAAACAUUGUUGGCAUGUACCCGCCAGGUCUCUAUGCUACAAUUGGUCGUGCCGCCAUCGUUAUGCUCGUCAUGUUCUCUUACCCGCUCCAGUGCCACCCGUGUCGGGCCUCCGUCGAUGCAGUCCUGCGCUGGAGACCCAAGCCCUCGGGGCCCAGUGACAAUUCGCCUCACCGGCAUCCGCUCCUAGGGUCACGAGGAAAUCGCAGCCCAGAGCCGAUGAGCGACCUUCGGUUCUCCAUCAUCACUACUACCAUUCUCGUAUUAAGCUACGUUGUCGCCAUGACCGUGUCAUCCCUCGAGGCUGUGCUCGCGUAUGUCGGCAGCACCGGAAGCACUAGCAUCAGCUUCAUCCUUCCCGGUCUCUUCUACUACAAGAUCUCCUCUCCCGAUUCGCCGCACCACCAACGGUUGAUGAAGGAAGACGAUGAAGUGGGCGAUGCCAUCAUAUCCGACAGCAACGAUGAUGACGAGGACAUCGAGACCUCGCAAACCCGUCCGCUGACGGAAAGCGGUAUUCUUCGCCGCGGCACCCGCCAAUGGCGCAGAGCACUGUUGCGCAAGCUGAGUCUGGCACUCGUCAUCUACGGUGUCUUGGUCAUGGUCGUGUGCCUCAUCACGAAUUCACUCUUUCUAGCCUCUCAUUAG